ACCGGCGUACCAAUCCUGGGGAAAGCCUCCGCAUCUCGAUCCCAUCUUGCUGAUCGCCGACCCCGACGUGCCACACCAGUACCCCCACCUUCUCCCGCCAUCACCUCGCUUUGCGCCGAUCCGGAUGGCGCCCCCUUUGCCGCCGCGUGAAUUCCCUCCCCAGUCCCCACCAGAUCCUCAUCGCCAUGGUCCUCCCCAUCGCCCCAGGGGUCUACCUCGCCGUGAAGAGGCAGAGGAGAAAUCCUACGGGAGCCUCGUCACCAACGACAUCUGCAAUGUCUCGGAGGGGACAAGAACAUCGCCGACAUUUUUUUAUCAAUGGUGCAGAGUGUAAGGGGCUGAAAUUACCGUUCAGCAAGGGCUGCAGCUUCUACCGCUGUAAGCCGGGCCGUAGCGGCAUCAAGUGCUUGAGAUUGUGUAUGGCCUUGUCCUUUGUCCCUUGCCCUACUAUUAAUUUGGAUGAAGUGUGUCUGGUGAAUUUCUGUUGGGAGCAGCAGUACCAACAAAAGCGAUGAUCUGUUACAAAUUAUUAUACGUUUUCCUAAGCAGAUGUGU